AUGGCUACCGUCCUGCUCCUCGCCACAGUCUGUUGCGUGCUCUCCGAUGUCCUCGGCGGCGGCUUCGGCGGUGGCGGCUUCGGCGGAGGUGGCUUCGGCGGGGGUGGCUUCGGCGGCGGUGGCUUCGGCGGCGGAGGUGGCUACGGAGGAGGCGGCUUUGGCUCCGGACUGGGUUUCGGGAGCGGCAGCGUCCAGACGUACGCCGCAGGCCCCACGUACUUGGUCAAACCCACGCACGGAGGUGGCGGCUUCGGAGGCGGCGGCUUCGGUGGCUUCGGCAGUGGAUUUGGCGGAGGCUACGGCGGCGGCGGCUUCGGAAGUGGCUUCAGCGGUGGCUACGGGGGUAUGGGUGGCGGUGGAGGCUUCGGACAUGGGUCUGGAUCCAAGGUCAUCGUGAUCAAGGCUGGCAACGGUGGUGGAGGCUACGGUGGUUUCGGUGGUGGUGGUUUCGGAGGCGGUGGAUUCGGAGGUUUCGGCGGUGGCCACGGUGGACUCGGGGGUGGCAUGUCCUCCGGUUGGUGGUGA